AUGAACUCAAUCAUACAGAAGGGAUUGACACAGAGCGUUGGUGCUCUGUCAACAUCCUCACCAACACAUAUUAUGUCAGUUGUGAACAUGUCGCUCAAUCAUAUAUUGCUGAGGUCAGCUAGAGGAAUGAACAGCAACAGCAACAGUAACAACAACAUAAGUAAUAUUAGCAGAGUCAGCAGCAAAGAUUUCCACAGUAUCAUUACAUCUCAACAACAACAACAAUAUAGUUCACCCUCACCAUCAUCAUUGAUGAGCUUUAUAAAUAACAAUCUCACCAGCAACAACAACAACAUGCAAUCAGUACUCCGUCGUCAAGUCAUCACCAGCAACAGCAACAGCGUCCAAGGUCUUGGUUUGAGACUAUAUAGCAGCAGCACUCCACCACCUACCAACACUGGAAAUGCUGGCAAUACGCCACCAACUACACCGACAACACCAACAACACCAACACCAGCACCAGCACCAAAGGAGUCAUUGAUGGAGAAGAUCAGAAAGGUGGCCAAGCAUUACUGGCUUGGUACCAAGCUGUUGGGCAAGAACAUUGUGUUGACUGUCAAGCUGCUGAGAAGACUGAGCAAUGGACACACGCUGUCCAGACGUGAGAGAAGUCUGCUGGUGCAGACAUCGGCCGACACACUGCGUCUCGUGCCGUUCAUCAUCAUCAUGGUGGUGCCAUUCCUCGAGUUUGCCCUGCCCUUCCUGCUGAAGCUCUUCCCCAAGAUGCUGCCGUCCACCUACGAGCACAAGAACGACACGGAGAAGCACAAGACCAGCCAGGAGCAGGUCAACGUGUCGAUGGCCAAAUUCCUGCAGGACACUCUGUCCGACAUCUCUGUCGAGCUCAAGGGCAACAACAUUGUCAAGUCGACCGAGUUCCACGACUUUAUGACAAAGGUCAAGAUGGGCCAGCCGGUGUCCAGUGAGGAGAUCCUCACCUUCUCGCAGCUGUUCCGUGACGAGAUCACCAUGGAGAAGAUCAGUCGUCCACAGCUGCUGGCCAUGCACAAGUACCUGGCCGGUGGCAGCUUCGUCGCCAAGUGGUACUCCAACGACUAUCUGCGACAGCAGAUCAACAAGAAGCUCAAGAAGAUCAAGCAGGACGACAUUUUGAUCAGGAAGGAGGGUCUGGACUCGCUCACACUCGAGGAGCUGGUCGACGCCGCCAUCGUUCGUGGCUUCAAGGUCGAGGGCUACGGUCGCAAGCAGAUCGAGCAUCAACUCGAGCAGUGGUUGGACCUCUCACUCAACAAGUCAGUGCCAAGCUCGCUGCUGAUUCUGAGUCGCGCCUUCACCCUGGCCAACUCACCAAGCAAGCCAACCAGUGCCGAGCAUCUUGAGGAGGUGCUCGAGCACAUCCCACAGGAGGCUCUCGACGAGGUCGUCAAGAAGCUGCCCGUUGGUGGUGCUUUCGAGGCUGGCAGUGUUGAGCGUGCCGAGGAGAAGCUCGAGGAGCUAACCAAAGAGCAGGCUCUAUUAGAGAAGGAGGAGAAAGAGGAGAAGGAAGCUCCGGCAGCAGCUGCUGCCCCUGUCGACGCAACUGUGGAUGCAAAGGUGGCUACAACAACAGAUAGUGUUGCUGCUGCCACUGCUGAUGCCACCGUCACUGCAGCCAACACUACUACCACUACAGAUGCCACUACUCCCCAGCCAGAGCAGGCAGUUCCCAAGGUACAAAAGCCAUUGACACUCGAGCAAAAGAAAGAGCUCUCACUCUCUGAUGACGAUGACGCAGAGAUCCACCAAGCUCAGAACAACAACAACAACAACAAUGUCGAGGCAACAACGACCAACCCAACCCAACAAUCCCAGUCCAAACAAUAA